UGGGAGAGCCGGGCCGGGGACGCGACCGGCCGCCGGAGAGGACGCGCGGACGCUCGCCGCAGCCACCCACCCUCAGCCCCCGUGGCAGCUGCUGACCCGCCACCAUGGCCCGGGGAAAAGCCAAGGAGGAGGGGAGCUGGAAGAAAUUCAUCUGGAACUCGGAGAAGAAGGAGUUUUUGGGCAGGACCGGCGGCAGUUGGUUUAAGAUCCUUCUCUUCUACGUAAUAUUCUAUGGCUGCUUGGCUGGCAUCUUCAUUGGAACCAUCCAGGUGAUGCUGCUCACCAUCAGUGACUUCAGGCCCACCUAUCAGGACCGAGUGGCCCCACCAGGGUUAACACAGCUUCCUCAGAUCCAAAAGACUGAAAUUUCCUUUCGACCCCUGGACCCCAAGAGCUACGAGGCGUACGUGCUGAACAUAGUCAGGUUCCUGGAGAAGUACAAAGAUUCGGCCCAGAAGGACGAAAUGAUAUUUGAAGACUGUGGCAACGUGCCCAGCGACAUCAAAGAACGAGGCGAAUAUAACAACGAGCGUGGGGAGCGCAAAGUCUGCAGGUUCAGGCUGGAGUGGCUGGGAAAUUGCUCAGGAAUAAAUGAUGAGUCUUUUGGCUACAAAGAGGGCAAACCGUGUAUCAUUAUCAAGCUCAACCGAGUUCUGGGCUUCAAACCUAAGCCUCCCAAGAAUGACUCAAUGGAAGCUUACCCAAUGAUGAAGUAUAGUCCUUAUGUCCUGCCUGUUCAGUGUACUGGCAAGCGAGACGAAGAUAAGGAAAAAAUUGGAAAUGUGGAGUACUUUGGACUAGGCGGCUACCCUGGUUUUCCUCUGCAGUAUUAUCCCUACUAUGGCAAACUCCUGCAGCCCAAGUACCUGCAGCCCCUGCUGGCCGUGCAGUUCACCAACCUCACUGUGGACACUGAAAUUCGCAUAGAGUGUAAGGCCUAUGGGGAGAACAUCGGGUACAGUGAGAAAGACCGUUUUCAGGGACGCUUUGACGUGAAAAUUGAAGUUAAGAGCUGAUCACAAGCACAAAUCUUUCCCAUUAGCCAUUUAAAAAGUUAAAAAAAGAUACAAAAACAAAAAACCUACUAGUCUUGAACAAACUGUCAUACGUAUGGGACCUACACUUAUCUCUAUGCUUUACACUAGCUUUCUGCAUUUAAUAGGUUAGAAUGUAAAUUUAAAGUCUAGCAAUAGCAACAACAUAUUUAUUCUACUGUAAAUGACAAAAGAAGAAAUUGAGCCUUGGGACGUGCCCAUUUUUACUGUAAAUUAUGAUUCCCUAACUGACGUGUAGUGAGCAGUGUUUCUGGCCCCUAAGUAUUGCCGCCUUGUGUAUUUGAUUUAGUGUACAGUACUAUAGGUGCAUACUCUGGUCAUUCUUCAAGCCAUGUUUUAUCGUAUCUGUUUUCUACUUGAUGUGAGCAAGGUUUGCUGUCCAAGGUGUAAAUAUUCAACGGGAAUAAAACUGGCAUGGUAACUGUAUUUUUCUUUUUUUAGUUUGGCUCUUUCAAAGAUAAUGGCCAUCAAUGAGCAUUUUUAACACACUCCAUAGUCUUUUUCCUGUGGUGUUAGGUCUUAUUUUUUUCCUGGGGCUGGGGGGUGGGCUGUCAUGGGGGAACUGCCCUUUUAAUUUUAAGUGACACUGCAGAAAAACACACAAGGUGGUGGGCUGUGUUGUGCCUGCACUGAAUGCUGUCUUGCGUCUCUUCCCUGUCCUCCAGUACCUUCUGAAGCUGCGGGAGACCUGGCCCGGCCCGUCGCUGGGCUGGUUAACUUGCUUUGUGCAUUUCUUUUCUUUUCUUUUCUCUGGAGGCAUCACAUGUUGGUGCUGUCUUUAUGAAUGUUUUAACCAUUUUCAUGGUGGAAGAAUUUUAUAUUUAUGCAGUUGUACAAUUUUAUUUUUUUUCUGCAAGAAAAAGUGUAAUGUAUGAAAUAAACCAAAGUCACUUGUUUGAAAAUAAAUCUUUAUUUUGAACUUUAUAAAAAGCAAUGCAGUACCCCGUAGACUGGUGUUAAAUGUUGUCGAAAGUGCAAAAUCCAUGUUCUAACAUAUGUAAUAUUUGCCAGGAGUACAGCGCUCUUGUUGAUCUUGUAUUCAGUCAGGUUAAAACAAUGGACAAUAAAAGAAUGAACACA